CUUUGGCUCCACGUCGACAGUCACCGUACUAAAUAUGAUAUUGGAUUUGAUCGCCCGACUGGACGGCUCUUCACCCAAUAGCUUGGCAACAGCAUCCCAGAGCAAGCCCCAUACAUAUGUUCUAGAGUAUCUACGCCAGGUGAUUGCGAGAUGCGAGGUCCAUCCGCCGCCGCCCUUCAGCCCUAGCCCACCAGGCCCGCUGAAUACGGUCCCGCUACAACUUCAGAGCCUCCUGCUCGAGCGAUACAUUGCAAUGGCCUGGAAGACGCUCCCAUUUCAGUCGCCCCACAGUCUUCAAGCACGUCUACCCAGUCUUUCUGCCCAGCCAAUAUCACAGCUGCAAGCCGAAGAUCAGGCUCUUCGUGCCAUCAUGUUGCCCAUACUCGCUAUCGGGUCCAUUACAACCGGCUACCCGGAACUGGGAGAGAUGCUUAUUGGCGAGGCACAAAGAAAUACAAUCACACCCUACUACCUGGGUGAUAUUCUAGCUUUGCAGAGUGAUUUGUUGAUGAUCCAGUAUCACAUCGACUCAGGCUCCUUCGAAUCCGCCUACUUACGGCUGGGAAUGGCACUUGCAAAACUUCUGGCGGCUGGCAUGGACAAACCAAUGCGUUCCCCUCACGAACAGGCUAUCAUCUCGGCUUUCUGCUGUAAUGAGAGUCUUUUAUGUAUUGCUCUAGGACGAGAAGCUGUCUAUUCUAGCAGCAUCAGAUACCUGCCGCAGAGCGACCAUACCACCAUAGGGUUCAUGCACCCGUUCUAUCGCAUUCUUGCCGAUAUUCAGCGUCUUCACCGUCCUCAAAGCCCGAACUUUAUGGAGCUAUGGAAUGCUUGUUGUGCACUUCACCAGCGUCUUUUGACUUUCUGGUCAUUGGAUGAUCCAUUCCACGCUUCCGAGGACGGAGACGACCUGAAUAUGGGAUCAGUCUUGCUUUUUUACUCAAUCCUUAUUCUAUAUCGACCAUUCUUGAUUCUUCGCGCUCUGGAGAACAAUCGUGAUGUUCAAGGUGACGGGGACCUUAGUGAUAGUUCUGCCGGGCGUGAAAGGGUGAAGAUCAUGUCUAAGACGUGUCAAUACUCCAUUGAUGCUGCAACGAAGACCAUCUCUUUUUUUCAUGGGCUAUAUGAGACGGACUUGAUACAAAAGUACCUCCCUCUGAACGCCUUCUUUCUUGAGAAUGCUUGCUAUGCUUUUAUAAUCGAUAGCCUGUGGGGCGACAGGAGAUCGUUGCAUCUUUCGCACAUCCAAGCCUGCCUGCACUGCAUGGAGCAGACACAGGACCAACCGGUGACUUCCUCGCGGCUUUCUGUUACAAAGGAUAUUCUUGAGCGGACGGGAGUGUUUCCAGCCAGCAACAACCCACUUUCAAGUCUCUCGCCAUCUCAGUCUGGAGUUCUUUGGAUGAACCAAUUCUUGGAGAACCACGUUCUCGGUAAUUAAGAAACAAUAUUCAGCUGUCAAACCCAGUUCGCCUUAAGCUAUAUGUAGCUAGGCUGGAAUCCAUAUCUUUUGUAUGAAGAUAGAAUCCGGGAAACUGCGGGAACCCCAGAUGGACUCGCCGAUGGACCCCGAAAUGUCCGAAACUGAC